AUGUCAGUCGUCGAUAUCACGGAGUCUGACAUCGAGUCGACCUCAUCUACUGGGGUGAAUGGUGCAGGGAGCGAAGAAGAUAAGGAUGGCGCAAGGCACAACGAGGCGCCAGUAGCGAUACCUGAGAGGACCAAGCAUCCGCGCUUCUUCUUCAGUGGAAAACUUGCCACUCUCCUGGUGGAAGGGACUAUCUAUCGCGUACAUGAAGAUAUCCUCACGGCGAACUCUCAAUUCUGGUCUAAGAAGCUGGACAAGCGACCGGAUAAUGCGGUUUACAUGAAGGUGGAUGACGUGACUUCGCGCGAUAUGGAUGCGCUCUUGACAGUACUCUACGAUACGAGCUUCCAUGAGUAUGAACUGAAGACCGCCGAAAGUUGGGAAUCUGUUCUGCGCCUUGCAACGCUGUGGCAAUUCAGGAACAUUCGAACUCUCGCCAUCAGCAAGCUCGACCCGCUCGCGCUGCCUCUCCAGAAGCUUGUUAUGGCUCGCGCCUUUGGUGUCUCUAAAUGGCUCCAACCCUCGUUCACCGCCCUCUGCUUGCGUCCUGAUCCUCUCACCGUCGUCGAAGGGAAGCAGCUGUCUAUAGAAGACCUCAUCUCACUCGUGUCCGCCCGUGAGGCUAUUCGACACAAGAAACAAGUGACCCUCAUCGAGAAAGACGUAUCUUCGUAUGUGGCGGCACAUGUACUGGACACGUCACAGCCCAUCAACACAACUGCACCCAUACCGAAACCCCUUGUGCCUGAGGUUGCUUCGAACCCCACGCUACUCUCAGUAUCGAGCCACGGACAGAAACCCGCGGCUUCUAAUCCAUCCAUUGCCGAGGCAUCCAUGCCCAUCCGGAUCCUCGCAUCUCCUUCUGCGCGGGAUGUACAACACUUGCUCGCUGCCAUCAACAAAGCCGACUUCGAGACUGCAUUGUCUAUGGCGACCCUCGAUGGCACCACGGCGUUGAUGAAUGCUGUCAAGGACUUCACCGCUAUCAAUAAAGACCGGGCCUUUGCCGGACAGUUUGUCGACGCUGUCUUGCGCUAUGGAGCCCAACACCCGGCAUUCAUACCGAUCGCCGCUCAACUGCUUCGUGAACUGCCAGGGAGCAUGUGUUGCGGAGAAAGCUAUUUGAAUGUGCAAGAAUUCUUGCGUCUCCGUGCAAAUCUGGCGAAGAAGACUGACGACGCCAUGAGCCGCGUCAGAUCCCAAUUAGGAGAUUUCGACCUUGCUUUAAGGCACGUCACCGUCGCUUCCCCAAAUGGGGACCCAGAUGCCUUUUUCCGCGUCCUUCACAUUGGAGGCUCUCCUCAAGUUGACGAACUUCUAUAUGAUGAGCGACAUGCGAAUCUCAAAAGUUUGAUGGCACGUCUGAGGGAAGUGCGCGCUAUGUAA